GCCGCCACCCGGAAACAUUACAAGGGCCGGAAAAGGACCAAUGUUAGGGGCGCACACGUCACUCACUUUUACCCACAAAAUAUUAGCACCGAGCCUCCAACCUUUCUCCCCCCCUCUAGACCGCCGAAAUACUCAAGAAAAAGCUCCCCGUUAAUGGAAACCGGUCGAAAUCAAAUGCCAGGGAGGCGACUGGCGUUGAUUUGAGCGAGGUGGGGGGGGAACCGUGUAAGCCCUGGAGCAGUUCAGCAUCAGCAAAAAUGGACCCGACUAAAGACUGGAAAACUGCACGCAGACUGGGAGAGGACGACAGCUAACUAGGAGAAAGGCGUGACAGGCCCUGGUCCAUCUGCAACGGGGCUCCGCAGCUGCAUGCGCAGUCGGGACUCGCAACUGGGAAUGACGUCACAGCCGAGUUAUCAGCGUUCCAGUUACAAAGAACUUGUGGUUCACAUUAAAAUGAGAGGUGGUCACAUAUGCAAUAGCUUGUCUUCCUCGUCUGCCAGGGGAGAUCAGUCCACCAAGGAUUCAUCGCAUCACUUAGAAGAAACGCUGUAGGAACUUCUUGGCUGAACACGGACGAGGAAUCUUGCUUAGGUGAAGGAAAAGGUCAACAACAGUAACUGAAAGGAGACAAGAAGUCGUCAAUCAAACUACUCCUCCAGAAAAACUACUUUAAGCUAAUUUGAAAUUGGGUAAAACUAAUCUACCUUCCAAAUAUACAGUUUUACCCUUUGAUCAUCAUUUUAACGCCUCAGCUGCCCCACUCAUUUUGGAAGUAGAGUGGGCAGUACAUGAUCAUCAGGGAGAGGCAGCAUCAGAAGUAAACAAUCUGGAGAGAUGAACUUUAAGCUUUCUUUAAGUAAGAAAGUAUCAGGAUAGCCUCACCCUUAGGGUAAAGUUUGACUUUCACCAGUGAGUGGAGGAUCAUUGUCGCCGCUCCUAGCUCUGGAGGUUUGGCACCUGCACCCCCAUGUGCCAGUGAGUGGGAAAUGUUCCAAUUUGGAAAAUACAAUCUGGACAUUAUAGAGAUGCUAAGUGGGCAUCAGGCCCACCAAUUCAAAGGCCUUGGUUUAGAUCGACAGCUACAACAUCAGCAGCAGGUGCAGCUUCACCAGCAUCAACUCCAGCAGCAGCAGCAGCAGCAGGCUGAGUCUUCUGGAGCCCUUCUGUCUGGACUUGGCUUGGGCCCCCUGCAGGGGUCUAGAGGUAACGCCUUUUCUGAUUCUGCCUCCAUUUUUGCCAAGAUGAGUGCCCCUCCUCCCCCACCUUUACAACAACAGCCUUCCUCAUCUCAGAGCUCUCGUUCAAAGUCAAGCAAGAUGAGCAGCAGCAGUUCAAGCCAUUCUUCAGGCUACCCACAGUUCCUGCGCUCUUUCCACCCGUCUGAGGCAGCGCUAGCACAGGAGCAGUUACACCCAGGUGUAGGCCGCUUUGAGCACUUUGCUGGGGGAAGUAGCAGUGGUGGGAGUGCUGGAGGAUUAGGAGGAUUAGUAACAUCAGCACCUCCACCCCCUCCUCCUUUGCAUCCUGGCCUCUCUGUUCCUCAGGCAUCACCUGGGCCCUCCUCUUCCUCUCCUUCCCCUUCAACCUCCGUGGCCACCUCUAAUAACCCCUCUAGCAGCAGUGCAGUCAGCUCAUUGGGACACCAGUUGGUUGGCACCCAGUCUGAUGCACGGAGCCUUCACCAACAAUUUAGUUGCAUGUUAGCUGCUAAUCAAUAUUUUCUUUCCGGGGUGCCUGCUAAUGCUAGUUUAGAACAAUUUCUUGUUCAACAGGGGACCCACAACCACUUAGGAAUUGGUUUAAGUCAAACAGGUGGGGAACCUAGUACUAGCCUUGCUCCACCUCCUGCUUUGCAUUCAUCUCACUCACAUGGCCACUCCACUCCCCAGCCACAGCAGGCUCCACAUCAGACUCAGCAGCAACAACUUCCACCUCACACCCUUUCUCAUGCUCACUCUCAUUCUCAUCCUCACCACCCUCUCCACCCAGGCUCCCAGCCCUCAUCUCUGAGUGGCUUUGACUUCCAGGGCAUUCCCGUACUCUCAUCAAAUCAGAUAGCUUCUCUGAUGCAACAGGAAGCUGGUUUGCCCCUCCCCUUGCCUCUUCACUUAUCCUUAUCUAAGGAAGAUGGUAAAGGGGAAAACAGUGGAGGUGGAAGUAGUAAUAGCAGUAGUAGUAGUAGUAGGAGAAAGAAAGCCAUGGCUGGUUAUUUGCCACAAAGAAAAUCUGAUAGCGCCACUAACAGCCAUGGCAACAGUAGCCACAGUGGCAAUCCUAGCACCGGUAGUAAUGGAGGGCUUAGUCAUGGUCAGCCCCCUGCUUUAAUUGGGAGUGGGGUUGGUAUGACAAAUAUGGGCGGAGACCCAUCAUCCCUUCUUGUCUCAUCAUCUUCAUCCUCAUCAGUAGUCUCUUCUUCCUCCUCCUCUGCUCCCUCUUCCACUGCUGCCUCCGUACUGGUUACUAAUGAUUCUCAGCUUUCUAAACCUGAUAACCAGAGGUCAAUGCAACGCAACAACACAGAGUCUGAUACAGAGCCCCUUUAUAGCUGUGGAGAGUGUGCUAAAAGCUUCCCUCAACUUUCUAGUCUUCGCAGGCAUAUGCGCAUGCAUGAGCCAACCACAGCAGGUACUAGCAAUAGUGCCACUACAGGCCCAAACCCCAUUCACAUUAAACCGCAGCCUGACCCAAGUCUUCCCCAUUCGACCCAAGAAACUCCCCAGUCCUCAUCGAGUUCUUGUCCUAGCCCAGAAAAAAUAUUUAGUUGUCCUGAUUGUGGCAAAGGCUUUAAGAAAAAGGGGCACCUCCUGCAACAUGGCGUUAUACACUCGUCAGCCCGCCCAUAUGGCUGCUCCACCUGCUCUCGGGCUUUUAAUCGUAGAGAGUCGUUGACACGCCAUGAGAAGAUACAUGAGGAAAAGCCAUUCCGAUGUCCCGCCUGUGGUCGUGCGUUCCGUGAGAGCACUUCUCUUCUCAACCAUGCUGCCUCAGGCACCUGCGGCAAGCCAGGUAGGGGACCCAAACAACGGGGCACCAAGACAGGAAGUGAUGGUGAGGACAGAGUCGGGGGAGGGGGUGGAGGAGGUAAUGGAGGAGGGGGAACUUAUCAAAGCAAUAGAGGGGUUAUUUAUGGGAAAACAGAGGAAGAGGAUGGUGUAAUCAUUGUGGGGGAAGGAGAACCAAAAUCAAGUUUAGGAUGUGAUAGUCUGUUUCAGUCUGGAAGGGGAGGGCAUUCAAAUGACAGGGAAAGAACAGAUGGUAAAUACCCCACUGACUACUCUCGGAAUCGUUACACAGGCUACCAUGAUGACCACCGUUCUCAAGGUAAUCCAUCUCCAUGCUACUCUGGUGCCUCCCCCUGUGGAAGUGGGAUGGCGGGCCCAGCUCUGAGAAAGGCACCCUUGGCCCCAACACUGCAUCCACACUCACAGGGCCACAACCAGCACCACCAUCCACAGCAACAGCCCCACCUGCCACUCUCUUCUCUUCUUGAUGACACAGAGGAUGAUGUCACUAGCUCUGUCAAUAACGCAAUCUCUGCUAUAACAGCAGCUAGUAACAAUGGAAAUAGAGGGGAUGAUAGGGGAGAUAUCAUAGGAGGCCUUCUGGGUGGUCUUGGCUUAGGACCCCUCGGCUCACCUUCAUCUACAUCUGGUUUGGAUAAGAAUUUCAGAGGUGGUGGGAGCCAGGAGGCUAUGAGCAGUAACCAACAGAAUCCUACUGCCAAACCAAAACGUCCUCGCAAACCAAGAGCUAAGAAAGACCCUGCAGCUGGUGGGCAGCCACCAAAACGUAGGCAAUACACCCCCAGAAUGGGGCCCAGUGGGCUUCCACGCACUCAUCUUUGCAGUGUCUGUGGUAAGGGAUUCGCACGACGUGAGACCCUACGCAGGCACGACCGCAUCCAUACUGGAGAAAAGCCCCAUCACUGCACCAUUUGUGGAAAGUAUUUCAGAGAGGCUUUUCACCUGAGCAAGCAUCAAACAGUCCACUCCGGAGCAAAGAAUUACAAAUGCACCAUCUGUGGAAAAGAGUUUGGUUACUCCCAGAGUCUCAGGAGGCACAGCAAACUCCAUCAGAAAGGGGAGCUCGAAGAAGUCCCCACAACACCAGCUCCAGAGAACCUCAACAGCUUUAACCCAAAUCCUCAAUGUAGCGUGGCACAGGACAGAAGUCAGAACCAAGCACCAAGCACCUCCUCCUACUAUCCCUACUCUCAAGACGUCAAGCCUCAAGACACCAACCCUCAGCAACAACCUCUACCCCCACCACAGCCCCCACCACCACCUCGACUCUACACUUGUGCUAUAUGUUGGAAGUCUUUCCGUCACCACUUCCAUCUGACUGCCCAUCACCAGACAGUUCAUGAAAACGGCGGUGAAAAGCUCUUCUGCUGUGACGUAUGUGGGAAAGCAUUUGCUUACUCUAAUAGCCUCACUCGACACAAGCAGUCUCAGCACGGGAUGACCCGGGGCGAACCAUCCAACCCGCAAGAGGGCAGCAGUGGGUCUGGAGAUAACAGAGGAAGUGAUGUUAAUCAGUCGACAUCUGAAAGCGAGGCUGCCACCAAUGCCCUGCUUCAGAUGGCACCUUCCACUGAAAGCCAUGGAGGUCAGGGCCUUAGUGUUGUCACUCAUAGCCACCAACAGCCACCCCCGCAACCACCAGCUGGCUACUCUCCCCUCUUUUAUGAUGCUGCAGGAGCCCAGUCUUCUGCCUCUAAUGCUCCAUCUUAUUCUCAGCCUCUGCCUCCCAACUCUACAAUCAUGCCUCCACAACACCCGCAUUCCCCGGCCGGGGUGAAAGGAGAGCACAUUUAUCCAGCAGGAUCCCGUAGCCGCACGCUUCACACCACAGCCCCGUUCCAGCCCCUCACGGAACUGCCUUCCACCGAACAUCACCAUCUGCAUCACCAUCAUCAUCACUCCCACCAUCAUUCUCAUCAUCAGUCAGACAUCCAGCCCCACCAACACUUUGACUGCAAUAUCCAGUUGCCACACGAUGAAAUGAGACGACACAAGAAGAAAAAAAAAAAGUCCGACAGGAGAGAUUGGAGGGAAAAUAAAUGGGAAUCUAAUGAGUUAGUCAUAUUUGAUGGAGCCAAAAGGAAGAAAAAGAUAAGUUGUACAAUAAGAGGGCAGUUGAAUAAAAAAAAAGGCUCUCUUCGUUUGACAAUUAGGCGAGGUGGAGGAUCAGGUGGUGGUGGGUAUAAGCUUGUCAACACUGGAGGAAUGAAAGUGCAGAUCCUGUCAUCUCUCAAAGUUCCCGUUAAACGUUUUGGAUGUCCCAUAUGCCCCAAUUCUGUGUUUUCCCGUAAAGCGGGACUUCUGAUCCACAUGGUAGUUAAACACCCACAAAAGGCCUUGAGCACUCAGGAGCGGCUAAGGUGUAGUGUGUGUGGGAAGCAGUCUUACAGGCCUUUGGCAGCCUUCAUCCAUCGGGCCUCCCAUCGCGCCAGAGGGACUUUCUCCUGCCGACACUGCUCCUAUAGCUUUUGGAAUGCUACGCUUCUUCACAGGCACAAAGUGUCCUGUCGACGCAGGGCUAAAGGACUGCAGAGAGGAGAUGCUAAGAGGCUGAAACUCUCCAAAAAACCUGGAGGCACACACACACAUGAAGGUCAUGACGAGAUGCCAUUCCUACAGGGGUCAUACAGAUGCUGAGCAUCCUGGUCUCUGAAAAGAGUGGUAUGUAAGAGGGAUUUUUUUUUGCAUUAUUCAGUUCUAAAAUGGGAAAGUGAGAGAAACAAAGGGACUUGAAAAAGCAUCCGCUGCCUAUAGGAGAACUUGCCUCACGUCUCUGUUGCAUCUACUCUGCUGACUAUUAGAAUGAGUGUGUUAACAACUACUGUAGAAACUCCUAUAAAAUAUUACCAGAGAUUCUUCCAGAUUAUAUUGGAAGGUGAUUUCAAAGAUGUGACUGUUUCCAUAGGAUGAUUAAUUAACCUCUUAAGUGCAUUGACUCUAUGCUUGGCUGACACUGUGCAGUUAACUAGACAUGGUUAGGUGAAAUGACCUGCUAAUGUAUCUCAUAACUAAAAUCCCUGCUACACCUCUUGCUGUAUGAUAAAUGUCUCUGCUGUGUAUUUUGUCUUGUUGUUGUUCACUUAGAGGCCCUGAGGAUUUUUUUUAAAUGUAAAGUGCAUUUAUUAGGAGUAGGAACAUGGGGAUAAAGAUCUUCCGUUGUCGGUGCAUGUUUGUUCUCUGGUCAAGUUUUUACCUGAGGUUGUGAAAUCACUCCUACAGUAUGUGAUGGUUUAUUCAGUAUAUCCCCAGAACUUUGUAGUGAAAACUUGAUCUGAAAGUUGCUGUAUAUUCCCCAGUGAUUAAAUCACAUUUAGAUAAAAAGUCAAAGUUGCUAGUAAUUAGCAUAAUAAGGAUCCCUCUCCUGCCAAAAUGAAGAAUCUUACAAGAAGCCUUGCGUAUGAUGUUCACUUUACUUCAGUUAUUUGAGAUAUUCUUAGCUUUUAUACCAAGAGAUGGAAAACAGGUUAAACAACUCAACUGUAACAUGUUUAUCUCACGUUAUUUGUACGCUCUUUUUAGCAGUAAUUAUUUCUACAGUACUUCACAGUGUGUUAAAGACAAGGACCUAUCAUGAUAGAAACAAAUGUAAUAUUUCUUGUAUUUAUGUGUGUAACCCAAUCAGUCUUCAUGCCAAUCUUAUACUUACCCCUUAUACGUUUUACUUUUUUGCAGAGUUGCAAUCAUGUUUUUACUGUCAAAGCCUUUUUGUUUCUUCUAAAGAAAAAACAUGUUUUAAGUACAUCAUGUCACUUUAUUCACAUAUGAAAUGUUCAUACCCCUGUUAAGCCUUGUUCUUUUCUUCUAAAGAAAAUGAUAGUUUUAGUAGAUUUCUAUCACAUUAUUUACUGAAAAGUCAGUAGUUGAUUAUAUUUCAGCAAUGAAUAAACCUUAAGUGUAAUAGUUUGCUUUUCUUUCAUUCCUGAUUCAGUUUCCUGCAGCAGCAUUACAGUUUUGGUAGAAAACCUUUUCGUAAAUAAACAAUAGUAAUUUAUAACUGCUUUCAAAGUUAGAUUUCCAGUUAUAUUCAGCUGUUUAUCAAAUGUAAACUCGUCAUAGAUGAAAUGGGUAUUUGGAUGUAGCUGAUGUACAGAUAAAAUCUAUUCAAGUAUUGCUAAUUUGCAGUGUUUAAAAUGCAUACCUUUCUUUUCUUUUUUUCAUCACAACUUUUCUAAAAAUAAAUAGCUGUUCAACUUGCUUUUACUUGUAGCUCCACGAGAUGGCAGUAACCAACUCUCAGUGCUAUUGGCUUGUGGGGAUGUGUGUGGCAGUCACAUGGAUCACACUGUGAUAGAAGGUGAACUGGAGAGUGUGCUGGAUGACUGGGACUUUUUCCGACUCUGCUGUUUACUACUAGAUUAAAGUGACAAAAUAAACAGACCGACUGAGCUUUCGGUUAUCAUGAAAGCUGAUUUAAAUCAGCACGAACUGUUCUGUUAUAAUACAUAUAUUUUCCCUUAAUAAUCCCACAAUGGGGAAAUUUUAG